UUAUAGAUAGUGUUGGAAAAGAUAUAAUUAGUCCCGGCAUUUUUGCAGUAAUCAGCGCGUGGUUAAAAUUAAAAUUGCAUUUAUUAAUUGUUGUUGUUGUUCUUCACCGCUCCUGCUGAGUCAAGAUGACGGAUAGGCGAAGCUUGUUAAUUAGAUCCACGCUGAACAACUCACAAUUAUCUAGCAAUUUGAGCCACAAUCUACCUCUGCUGGAGUCGAGCAAUCUCAGUCUUAAUCUGACCUCAAAUCCAGAUGACGAUGACAUAGACCGUGGCAAAGGACGCACAGAUGCACUCUUUUCUCAUUUUUACGAUGUCCUGCAAACGCACGGCAGUGAUACAGAGUCCUUUGAAAUUAUUAAUGGACUGACUGAAGCCUGUCGCCGGGUGGUUCAGCAAUUGCAGCUAGAGAUUGAGCAUGGAAUGGGUGGAGAUGAAGGUGUCAAGCAGCGAGAGUUGAGUAUUAAGGCCCUGAAGCAAGAGAUUAACACGUGGCUUCUUCUCCAUGCCCUGUUCUACGAUCGUGUGGUUCUGCAAACGGAUCAGCACGUCGAGGAUGACCUAAUGCAGGAUGGCCCCAUGUUGGGGGGCAGUGAAAAGGAAGUCAUCGAUCAGUUGUACGAGGUUAAUGCCACUUUAAGAGAAUAUCAACUGGUAGUCGACUGGCUGGAGGCUUGCUAUGAGUCCCGUGAUCCGGAAAACACUUUGCAUCGUCACGAUAGGAUGAUGGGCUGGGAGAAUUCCCUCUAUCAAUUGGAAAAUUUGCAAGGAGCCGCAUUUGGUCUGGGUGGUCAGGAGAUAAUCAAGAGUCUGGACCCGGAUGCACCAGUCAGAGAGAAAAAGCAUCUCCAUCAACUGGAUGAGGAGGAUAAUCAAAGAUUAUCCAAGGCCAUUUUUAAUUACAUACGAAGUGGAAAGAUUGAUGAGGGUCUCAAGCUAAGCAAGCAUUAUGGCCAAAUUUGGCGGGCCGCCAUCCUAGAGGGCUGGCGACUACACGAGGAUCCCAACUAUCAAGAGGAUUCAACCGGCUUGAUGGGCGGUAAAUCCACCAAUCUGAUACACGAUAAAAUUGCCAUCGAGGGAAAUCCACGACGAGAUGUAUGGAAGAAAUGUGCCUGGCUUUUGGCCGAUUCUUCUUCCAAGGGUCAUGAUGACUAUACAAGAGCUACUGUAGGUGUUUUCUGUGGUCAUUUGGGCUCCUUAAAGUCCAUACUGCAGAGCAAUUGGCAUGAUCUUCUAUGGGCAUAUUUAAAGGUUCAGAUCGACAUACGUGUUGAAUCCGAGAUCAGGGGCUGUUGCGUCAAGCGUUUCUCGGCCAUGCCAGAUGAAUAUUGGUCCAAUAAAAUGACUUUGGAGCAAAUUUUCCAGGAACUCGAAGUGGCCAAGGAUUUGACUGUGCGGGAUUACGCUCAAAGUCAGUUGGGUCAAAUACAGAAACAUUUGAUCCUUGACACUUGUCAUGAGCUUAUACAAUUUGUGGGUCGUUGGUUGACUCCAUCGCCGCAUCAGCUGCGUUUUGUGACCCAUUUGGUCUUAUUCUUGCGUCAAAUCAAUCGUCUCGAUCAGAAGCAGGAUCAAUCGCUCGCCGAACAAAUUAUAUCCAAUUAUAUUGAACAAGCUCUAAUCCCUCGACGUGAGCCACAGAUAAUAGCCUAUUAUGUUUCAGCCGUGAGUCCACCACGGCAGAUUCAACUGUAUUCAAAGUUCUUGGAAACUGUUGAAAACAAACCUCUGAGAACAUCCUGUCUGGAGGCAGCUCUUGUGGCCGGUCUCGAUGUCAUGGAAAUCACCAAAUUCACGGUAGAAAAUAUAUUCCAACAGCAACAAACUUCGUUAGAUGGCGACUUGCGUGAACCAGCACCAUCCGGAGAGAUCUCGCUUGCCGAUAAACGUUGCAUUUAUUCCUUGGAAUGGCUAAUCCAUCUACAGGAACAGCGUGCUGAAUUGCUGUGGCAAGCCAAUGCCAUGAUGCGACAGUAUUUGGCCACAUCCAAAACAGAAUGCGUUAGGGAAGUCUUUCGAUUGAUUCCCUCUGAUGUGGUCACACAUUUGGUUAAUAAUUACGGAUCCAUGGACAAUUUACCUGCUCGUGAGGAAUGCAGCCUUAAGGAGUAUCUAUGCUUCAAGGUCUAUUUAACGGGCAUCGAUAGUUUCAAUGAAUGGACACGUUUGCAUCAGAAUCCGCCACAGAAACCGGGUGCCGGAGUAGGAGGAAUUGCUGCUCAGGAUAAUUUUACCGAACGCAUGGCUAGCGAGCAUAAGGAACAAACCUAUCGCAAUGAAUUUGCCAGAUGGCAAGUCAAACUACAAGAACAAAGCAAACAAACUCUGGACUCUUUGUACAAUGUUCUAUUAUUCCCCGAAAAGGGUUGGCUGGUCGAUCCAUUUAUACCCAAAGAGCCGGAGGAUGUUGCCAUAUUAAAUUGGCAACAUCGACAAAUUCAAAUGGAGAAACUCCGUUCAGUUUGUUUACCCGAAAUCGCAUUGCUUCUUCUCGAGGUCAUGAGCAAAUCCAAUGACUUUGCCGGCUGUGUCCGUCUGGCGGAUGAGAUAGCCAGCGAACAGAGGCAAUUGUAUAAGGUAUACACGAAACAUCGAAUGGCUGAACUACUCUUCCGCAUUGCCACCGCCUCACAGGAGUUGCUUAAUGAGAAAUUAGAUCCUUGGGGUUAUCCCUUUACUGCCUAAUAAUAAGUUAAUGAAACAAGAAUGGUUAAAUAUAUAAAUUAUAAUUUUUUAAUGUUUA